UCCCCCCGCCCCCCCCAAAAAAAAACCCUAUUUAUAAAUCCAAGUCAAAGAGACUUUCCUCGUACUACUACUACUACCACCAACCCUACACAGCCAUGGCGCACGACAGCGACCUCCCUUGCGACGGCGACGGCAUUUGCAUGGUCUGCAAGGGCAAGCCCGGCGACGGCGAGACCCUCACCUGCAAGACCUGCGUCGCCCCGUGGCACGUGGCUUGCCUCUCCGCCCCGCCCGAAACCCUAGCCGCCGCCGCCCAGUGGGAGUGCCCCGACUGCGCGUUCGUCGCCGGUGGCGCCAAUGCGGCGGCGACGGCGGCGGUCGGCGUCGGAUCGGAGAUUGUGGCGGCGAUCCGGGCGAUCGAGUCGGACGGGUCGCUGACGGAGCAGGAGAAGGCGAAGCGGCGGCAGGAGCUCAUGAGCGGCGGGGGGAGGCGGGGCGACGACGAGAAGGAGAAGGUGGAGAAGGCGAAUGGGGUUUUGGAUCUGUUUGAUGAGGGUUUGAACUGCUCGUUUUGCAUGCAGCUACCGGAGAGACCUGUUACGACUCCCUGUGGUCAUAAUUUCUGCUUGAAGUGUUUCGAGAAAUGGAUUGGUCAGGGAAAGCGAACUUGUGCAAAUUGCCGCAAUGCAAUUCCGCCCAAGAUGGCAAGCAAUCCUCGAAUCAACUCUGCUCUUGUCAUUGCCAUCCGUAUGGCCAAGAUGUCAAAAACAAAUGGUUCAGGGGGGCCACCAAAGGAGUACCACUUUGUUCACAACCAAAACCGACCUGACAAGGCUUACACCACUGAAAGGGCAAAGAAAGCAGGAAAGGCUAAUGCUUGUAGUGGAAAGAUUUUUGUCACAGUCCCUAAUGAUCAUUUUGGACCAAUUCUGGCAGAGAAUGACCCAGAAAGGAAACAGGGUGUGUUGGUGGGUGAGACUUGGGAGGGUCGAAUGGAGUGCAGGCAAUGGGGAGCUCACUUUCCUCAUGUGGCAGGAAUUGCUGGGCAGUCAGAGUAUGGGGCCCAGUCUGUGGCGCUCUCCGGAGGAUAUGAAGAUGACGAGGAUCAUGGCGAGUGGUUCCUCUACACAGGAAGUGGUGGAAGAGACCUCAGUGGGAACAAAAGAACGAACAAGAUGCACUCAUUUGAUCAGAAGUUUGAUAAAAGUAAUGAGGCAUUACGGGUCAGUUGCCGCAAAGGUUAUCCUGUCAGAGUCGUGAGGUCCCAUAAGGAGAAAGAUUCGUCUUAUGCACCUGAAACAGGCGUACGCUAUGAUGGGAUUUACAGGAUUGAAAAAUGUUGGCGCAAAGCUGGAAUUCAAGGGUUUAUGGUUUGUCGAUACCUUUUUGUUCGAUGUGACAAUGCCCCUGCCCCAUGGACAAGUGAUGACAACGGGGACCGCCCAAGGCCUUUGCCAAACAUUCCAGAGUUGAAGAAUGCAACUGAUAUUACUGAAAGAAAGGGUGUUGCCUCUUGGGAUUAUGAUGAAGAAAAAGGUUGCUGGAUGUGGAAAAAACCUCCACCAGAAAGUAGGAAACCAAUUGACAGUGUACAAGAGGAUGGGACAACCAAGGUUAGACGUCAUAGACCCGCUCUGUCCAUACAAGAAAGACUUCUCAAGGAAUUCAGUUGCAGUAUCUGCCGGAAAGUAAUGAGUCUGCCCCUUACUACGCCCUGUGCUCAUAAUUUCUGCAAGUCCUGUUUGGAGAGUUCCUUUGCUGGCCAAACUUUCAUAAAACAGAGGACAUGUGAAGGUGGACGGACGUUAAGAACACAGAAGAAUAUCAUGAAAUGCCCAUCUUGCCCAAAUGAUAUUUCCGACUUCCUUCAAAAUCCACAGGUUAAUAGAGAGUUGAUGGGAGUGAUAGAAUCACUCCAGCGCCAAAGUAAACAGACAGAGGAUGAUGAAGCAAGUGAGGAAACAGAUGGCACUGACGAGAAGCCUGAUGUGGUGCCUGAUGUGGUUUCUGAAGAUGCAGAGCUUUGCAGUGAAACUUCUGAUAUGCUGAAAGAGGAUACAGAAGGCAAAGAAGGUAUUCAAAAGUCUCCAACCAAAAUCAAACCCCAGGAGCAAAAGAAAUCAAGUGGUGGUGAUUCUAUACCCACUGAAAAACCUCUUGAGAAACUUGAUUCAGUGGAUGAUGAACAUGAAAAGUCUGGUAAAGAAACAAAAAAAGCUGCAGUUGACAACAAAGUUAAGAGAUCUAACAAGCGAAAGGCCGAUGAUUCUCCCGGUGCCAGGGUGAAGACCAGAAAGCAGAAGGCUUAACCAUUGGUGCAAGAUGAAGAUUUUGUAUGUCCUUUAUCCUAUAUGUAGGGUAUUUUUGGCAGUUGCAGAGUACUUUUAGUUUUCCAUAUUUUGCAACUGGUAAUCUUGCUGAAGCACUAGGAUCUUUUGUGGAACACAGAACAAACGCGAGUUGGUUUACUUUAUGGUUAUCAAACUACAGUAUUAUCUA